AUGGCAAACUUAGGCCCCUUUUGGACAGCCUUGCUAGAAACCGUGAUCUUGAAGGCACCCUUAAACCCACGGACACUUUUCUCGCUGCUUAUUGGUGUGCUGGGCAGCACCCUCUAUGCAAUGGGAGAUGCCAACUCAGACUUAGAAGGUCUAUUCUGGGUUGGCAGCAAUGCUCUGCUGGUGGCUUUCACUUCCGUCUCUGAAAAGUAUGUGGUGCGGAAUGUGGAUCAGGCUGCCCUGGGUUUCAGCUUGUAUCGAAAUGCUGUGGCCAUUCCACUGCUAUGGAUACUGAUGACAGUUGGUAUGGAAAACUUUGGUGGUGCCCUGGAAGCCUUCAGUAAGGCAAGUAGCUUUUGCUGGAGUGUUUUUGCAGCAUCGACUGUCUUCAGUGCAGCGGCUGGUCUCUUCAUCUUUACGCUGCAAGGGCGGGUGAGCGCAACGACCACCCAAAUUGCGAGUUUGUGCUACAAGUUGGCCACAACCGUUCUGUCCCUUGUGGUCUUCCCCCAGGCCAGGAAGGAUCUGGGCUGGAUGGCGGUUUUGGGCUACAGCCUCUCUACCUUGAGUGUGGCCUUGUAUGUGUUCCUCCCAGCCCUUCCAGCCAAGCGCGUGGCGACGAAGAAUGCCGGUCAAAGUCCUCGGAUUAAACCGUGAGAGGCGAUGGCCACUGUAGGCGAGAGCUGCUUUGAGCCACCUCAGCCUGAAAGGUAGGCGAAGGGGGCAGAGAUUCAGUUGUCGCACGGAAA